AUGGUUAGGUUAUUCGCCAAUCCGCUCCCCAUUGCUGAGAACCAAAAGGCCAGCGCGAUCAAUCUUAUCAAAGGGGCACGACCUCACAUGAGAGCAUUCCAUUUCUCAUGGCUUUCAUUUCUUACGGCCUUUACAGGCUGGUUUGCAAUUGCACCCCUCAUGACAUCUAUUAGAAAAGAUCUCAAGUUAACUCCUGAUCAAAUUGCUGAUAGUAAUAUAUCAAGCGUAUCUUCCACAAUCAUUUUCCGUAUUGUAGUUGGACCAUUAUGUGACCGCAUUGGACCAAGACGUGUUAUGUCCGUAUUACUCAUGGUGGGCGCUAUACCUGUGGGCCUUAGUGGGUUGGUACAAAGUGCUGAAGGGUUAAUCGCUGUACGUUUCUUUGUUGGAAUUCUUGGUGCAACCUUUGUACCGUGUCAAUUCUGGACGACUCAUAUGUUUGACAGUAAAGUGGUUGGAAGCGCUAAUGCUUUAGUAGGAGGUUGGGGAAAUAUGGGAGCCGGUAUCACUUACGUAUUAAUGCCUUUAAUCUUUGAAGGAUUCAAUCAAUCUGCCGGUUUGUCUGAGUCUUUAUCAUGGCGUGUCACUCUAAUCGUUCCUGCUGUCCUUUGCUUCAUUGUUGGAUUGUGCGAUUUUCUAUUCACCGAUGAUUGUCCAAAAGGUGAUUGGCUUCAUCCCACCGUUCCUUUGGAAGUUCAUAAAGCCAGUGCAGAAAAGAAAGAUGAUGUUACGACCAUUGAAGAUUCAGAAAAACAAGUUCAUCGUGAUACUCCACCAAGACCAGGCGCUAAACAAUUCUUUAUGGCGCUUAAGAAUCCAAAUGUCAUCAUUUUAAUGUUCAUGUACGCUUGUGCUUUUGGUGUGGAACUUGCCGUAGAUAAUGUUUUGGCGGUAUUCUUUCAUGAUCAUUUCAAUAUUUCACAAAAAAAUGCCGGUUUGAUCGGUUCACUUUUUGGUUUGAUGAACUUAUUUUCACGUGCUACCGGAGGUUUCCUUUCCGACUUUGCAAAUGAAAAGUUUGGGAUACGUGGUAGAUUGCUUAUACAAUUUGUAAUCUUAUUUAUGGAGGGUUUAUUCUUGUUUAUCUUCCGAUUUACCUUGAGGAAUUUAGGUGAAGCUAUCGUCAUUUUAAUCUUGUUCAGUUAUUUCACUCAGGCAUGUUGCGGGACGUCUUUCGGUAUCGUGCCUUUUGUGGACCCCGCAAUCGUGGGAGCUAUAUCAGGUUUGGUCGGUGCGGGAGGAAACAUGGGUGGUGUAGCAUUCAACGCUGUAUUCAAACUUUAUUCAUCUGAAGCCACUCCAACUGGGUUUAUGGUACUUGGUAUCGUAGUAAUGGUAGUUUCAUUUUCAUCAUUUUUCUUAAAAAUUGAGGGAAGAAGGUUGGUCGAAUUUAAGAGAGGAUGA